AUGGCCCCCAAGAACAACAAAGCCCCCGCCAAGGGCAAAGGCAAAGAGGCAUCGGAUGACUCCGGUGCCAAGGGUAAAGGCAAGGGUGGUUUGAAGGCUGCGACUUCGAUUAACGUGCGACACAUUCUGUGCGAGAAACAUUCCAAGAAAGAGGAAGCCUUGGAAAAACUGCGCAAUGGCACGAAGUUUGAUGAGGUAGCGCGUGAGUUCUCGGAGGAUAAGGCGAGACAAGGUGGCGCACUUGGGUGGAAGGUGAGGGGAAGUCUGCAUGGAGACUUUGAGAAAGUAGCCUAUGAACUGGAGCCGAGUACGACUGCCAGUCCUAAGUACGCGGAGGUGAAGACUGGGUUUGGGUACCAUAUCAUCAUGGUUGAGGGCCGGAAGUGA